UCUCCUGUGUUUCUUUGAAAUCCUGCAAAAAUUUAUUGAAUGGCUCCUCAAUCCCGAUUUCUAGCCGAAACGGUAUUCCUGGUCGUAUUGUUAACGCUCCGAUCAUGCGAUGCUCUGGGUUCCGCAGGAAAUCCAAAGGCGAUUUCUGAUCUACAGGAUGCAAUCGUUAAGGCAUUAGGGUUUCAAUCCAGUGACUUGAAGAUUUCCGAUUUUGAUAUCAGAGACGCGUUGGUUGGCCAUUCUGUAGCUUACGAAUUCGAUAUUGAGAUCGAUAAGAAGGUCCUUCCUUUUAAGCUUCUCGAGGACGUCAAUCGAUGGGAAUAUGUAGAUCUCCCUAUCUUUCGUACCGAAGAAGAUCCUUCUGUAUCGGGUGACGGUAGCAGCUUGGUCAAGAGUGGGCGGAGACCGGACGAUCGUGUGUCGCCGGAUUUGGCUCCCUUUCAGUUGGUCGGUCCCAUGGAGCUUUGGAUUCAAGACGCUAAAGACAUGCGGCUUUCGUUACCGCAUGAUGUCGAGGCCGGUGUAUUGAAGAAGGUCGUCCUAGCAGAUGGCGCAGUAGUGACGGUUAAGGGCGCCAGAUCCGUAAGCUUGCGCCACCCUCUCGAUCUCCCACUUCCAUUGAACCAAUCUCAGGGGAGCUUCGCUUCUGGUCUUUUAACCCUAGCCAAUCGUCUCCGUCACGCCUCGCGCACGCAGGGAGCCCAACCCCUGUCGCUCCGUAUAGUGGGUCCAACAUCACUAACCUCAUCGCCCUCUUCGUCUUCCGAUAGCAAGCUCAAGCUCAAGCGUCUUGCGCCGGGCCUAGUGGAGCUAUCUUCUCCUUCGAGAACCAAUACAGUCCCCACCAUCGACGGAGAAGCAGGCGAGCCAAUGACUCUCUUGUCACCCGAACGAUUCGCCACAAUGUGGCCUCUCGCGUCCAUCAAUGGGUCGAACCCCAACUUGCGAGGAUUUGAGGCGUUGCUUCUAUCUGUGCUGGGUGAGAAAGCCAAGGAGGAAGGGUCAUUCAGGUUGUUGAAGGCGGAGGUAUCUGCCCAGACUUUCGUGAAGUUGGGCUUUGGGGUAGAGAAGGCGCUGAAGGAAGGUGGAGAAGAAGAAUUCAAAUGGGAAGCCUUCCCAGAAUGGCGGACGAGGCCGGAGUCGGUGAAAAUGCAUUUUGAGGUGUUGGCUAAGGUGGAUGGGGAGAAGGUUGUGCCCGAGAGGGUGGUGCAAGUUAAACCUUUCGAAUUCGAAGACACCACUGUGGCUAAUGUGCUCAAUGGGAACGCCACCAUGUCCAGGGCUCCGGUCGUUCAUCUUCCUCCAGAUCCCUUCACCUUAUGAAUGCGAGUUCGAGAGGUUUAUGUAAAAAGAUAAGUCAGAACAUUCUUCCUUCUUCAGUCUUUGUUGGUGGGUGGUGAAAUUGCCGACUGCUAACUGCCAAGUUAUCAAUGUAUAGUGAGA